GCCUUCCUGCCCCUGCCCUGCCCAAGGGCAGCUAUUGGAGGCAAUGGCUGAAAAGGAUGACAAGAAUUUGAAAGCCCUAAAAGAGGUGUGGAGGAGAGCUGAGAAUGCCUUGUGCGCAGACUGUGGGAAGCCAGAUCCUGACUGGGCAUCUCAUACUUUGGGUGUCUUUAUCUGCCUGAGCUGCUCAGGUAUCCACCGCAAUAUCCCUAACAUUAGCAAAGUUAAAUCCUUGAGGAUGGACCACUGGGAUGAGGCCCAGGUGCAGUUCCUGCAGCAGCAUGGGAACGCAGUGGCUAAAGCCACGUACGAGGCUCACAUCCCCAUUUACUAUUACCAGCCAACCCACGCCGACUGCCAAGUCCUGAGGGAGCAGUGGAUACGGGCCAAGUAUGAGCGCAAGGAAUUCACUGAGCCAGGGAGACAGCUGCCGUAUUCCAACGGGCUGAAGGAAGGGAUCCUAUGGAAACGGGGCCGGGAUAACGGGCAGUUCUUACCCCGCAAGUUUCUCUUGUCUGAGCGAGAUGGGUGUCUCAAGUAUUUUGCCAAACCGGACGCAAAAGAGCCCAAAAUAAAUAUUAAAAUUGACACCAUCAAUGCCACAUUCCAGCCAGUAAAGAUCAGGAACCCCAAUGGCCUGCAGAUCAGCUACCUCAAGGAUAACAAGACCCGCAAUAUCUUCCUCUACCACGAGGAUGGAAAGGAGAUAGUGGACUGGUUCAAUGCGAUACGCGCAGUGCAGGUUCAUUACCUGAAGGUGGCAUUUCCUAUGGCCAGUGACAAUGAGAUCAAAAGCCGACUAAUGCAGAAAUUCCUGAAGGAGGGGUACAUGGAGAAGACUGGUCCCAGGCAGAGAGAGGCCUUCAAGAAGCGCUGGUUCACACUGGAUCACCGCAGACUCAUGUACUUCAAGGAUCCAUUGGAUGCGUUUGCUAAAGGCGAGGUGUUCGUGGGCAGUAGGGAGCAUGGAUACAGCGUCAAGCAAGGGCUGCCAGCGGGGCCUCAGGGCAGCUUCUCCUGGCAGUACGGCCUCACCAUCGUUACCCCCGACCGGGAGUAUCUCUUCACCUGCGAGACAGAGAGCGACCAGCAGGACUGGAUCACGGCCUUCAGUCGGGUCAUUGAACAGCCCAUGACCCCCCAGGAGUAUGCAAUUGAAGCCUACUUCAAGCUCAGCUCCUAGGAACCCCCCGGAGAACUGGACUGCAGCUCUACUCUGCCUUAGCCCUUUGGGAGAGUGCUAUGAGAGAGAAGAGGAGCUGUGCACCAGAGAAUCAAGACUCUCCCAGUACCUCAUGGUUUGGAGCACUUUUUCUUAAACAGAUCAACCAACCUCCCUUUGUUGCAGGGGAGCAAAUUAGGCUGUACCCCUUUAAAUGGAAGACACAUUUCAAGACUGAACAUUCAAAGCAACCAGUCACUGAGACCACUCCUAAGCAAUGUUGUGAUCGAACUGGAGACUGGAAGGGUCUGUCAUCCAAUCGGGCUUUAAAGGUUUGAGUACCAGGAGUGGUGAAGGGUGGGGGAGGGGGUGUUGUCUUUUAAACUUCCGUUAUCGCACCUUACUGGAAAAGGGGAAGCUACCAUAAAAGUGGAAACAGUAAGCACUCAUUCAACAUGGGUGGUUUGCAGGGUGGAGUGCAGCUCUGGCAGGGAGUGUAGUCUAGAAGCAAUUAUAACAUUACAAGGAAAUGGCUUCUCAGUUGCUUAGGAAGAAUUGAAUUUUUCUGGAAAUAUAAUGACAUUUGACAUUUUACCAUCAUAAAUCCAGGAAGGACGUUUAGAAAAUUAGUUCUACAGCCAGGGCUGGCACCUUCUUUUUCAUUGACCAUGCCAGCUGCACACAAUAACCUAGUUCAACAACUAUCAAGUCACAUAUUCACAGGCGACCUUCUUCCAAAAUUUUGCUGCAAAGAUUAAAGGACUGGUGUGUAUGUGCAUAUAUAAAUUAGGGAAUCACUGAUACAAGUAUGGGGAAGACACUAUAUGACUAUCGACAGUAUGGCAGAGACUGUUUUCAUUCUGAGCUGUACAUUUUAACAGUUGUGUGCGUUCCAUGAUAAUAAUACCUAGCUCUUAUCUAGCACUUUUUAGCAAUAGACCUCAAAGCACUUUACAAAGGAACAAGUAUAAUUCUCUCCAGUUUUACAGAUGGAGAAACUGAGGCACAGGGAGGUGAAGUAACUUGCUCAAGGUCACCCAGAAGACCAUGACAGCGCUGAAAACAGAACCCAGGUCUCCUGAUUGCUAGUUCAAUGUUCUAUCCACUAGGCAACACUGCCUCCAUAGAAGUGUAAUACACUGGAUUGGCAUGUGGGUUCAUGUUCUCCUAUUAGUGCCUGGCCCCAACAAGUAUAACAGCCUGCUACUUAUACAUAAUUAAAAGAGUUCUUCAUUAGCUCAAGCAGUAGAGACCUGUGUUUUGGAUCCUGGAAGUUGCAGGUUCAACCCCUUCUGAUGUCUCCAUGGUUUAUUAUACAAGCAGCAUGUGUAUGUACAUAGUGUCUAUUAACAGGGGCUAACUGGAGUUAACGGUGCACUCUGUAAUGUAAUAAGCUCAGAAAGAAAUGAAUAAAAAAUCUCAUUGUAGUUUAUUGU